AAAUAAACAAAAAUAAUUUCCCCCAAAUCUCUUUCGUUUCCAAAUUGCACCCUAAAAAUGGCGAUGUAAAAGCAAUUGCCACCACCACCACCAGCAGUACCACCAUGGACUACGCCAGAUGGGCUGAAAUGCAGCAAAACCCUAAUUCAGGUGUUCCUCUCUUGCACACCGUUAAUUACUCCGCCGGCUACUCUCACAACCCUAAUUCCGAUCCUUACCAACCACCCGCCGUUGAUCCUCAUAACGCAUUGUAUCAGCCUCAGCUUCAGCCGCCGGGCUUGGAACCGCCGUAUGUGCCGCCGGCGAUGACCGUCGAAUACGCGCAGCAACCAAUCAGCUAUCAGCCUCAUCAGGUUGAUGCUGCCGCUAUUGCUGCUCACGCUUCUUAUUAUUAUUAUCAGGACCCAAACUUGAAUUGGGCAGAUGCUUUCACGCAGAUUGGUGCCACUAAUUAUACGCCGGGUUUAACUACACCUAGUACAGCAAUUCAGCCUCAGAAAAGAAAUAUUUGGAAAAAAGGCCCCAAGAAGCCGAAGAUUGUGCAAUCUGCAUGGUGUGGAGUUUGCGGAGUUGAUUGUAACAGCAAAGAUGUUCUCGAUCAACAUAAGUUGGGAAAGAAGCACCAAAAAAAUCUCGAAAAAUUAAAAGGAACAGCUGCAACUAAACCUGGCCCAUCUGCUCAUUCCCCUGCCGUUUUAGCUGCUCAUUACCCUACCAUUGGAGCUGCUCAUUACCCUACCAUUGGAGCUGCUAAUUACACUACCGUUGGAUCUGCUAAUUACACUACCGUUGGAUCUGCUAAUUACACUACCGUUGGAUCUGCUAAUUACACUACCGUUGGAUCUGCUCAAUACCCUACUGCUGUAGCUGCUCCUUCCCCUGCCAUUGUAGCUGCUCCAUCUGCGAUUCUUGAUGUAUCGACACCUUUGCCUGUAUCUGCCUUAACGCAAGCAAAUAAUCCAAUUAUUCGACCAGAAGUGAAUCCAGAAAAGCCGAAAUCUUCCAAUGCCACCAUUGUAGCUGCUCCAUCUGCGAUUCUUGCUCCCUCCCCUGCCUCUGUAGACGCAUCCACACCUUUGCCUGUAUCUGCCGUAACACAAACAAAUAAUCCAAUUAUUGGACCGGAAGUGAAUCCAGAAAAGCCAAAAUCUUUCAGUGCCACCAUUGUAGCUGCUCCCUCUUCAAUUCUUGCUCCCUCCCCUGCCCCUAUAGAUGCACCUACACCUUUGUCCGCCUCUGCCUUAACGCAGACAAACAAACCAAUUAUCGGACCAGAAGAGAAUCCAGAAAAGCCGAAAUCUGCGAAUUAUAGAAAGGCAAAGAAGAAGGCAGCUGCGCGAACUGAGAAUUUGGAGACGAAAAGAAGAAAAGUCUUGGAAGGUGGAGCAGCAGCUGAAACGGUGCAUGCGUGCACCGUAUGUAACGUGGUCUGCAAUAGCAACACUGUGUUCAGCCAUCACCUUGCUGGUCAAAGACACGCGUCGAUGGUCAAAAAGCUCGCUUCUUCUGGCGCUCUUUCUCUGCCAUGCUGAACUGGAUUGGUUAGUCGAUAUUCUGGGGCACUCCACUGUACAUUUUUUUUUCCGUGUAAGUUUCGGCCUUCGUUUGCCGAAUAUGGGUUUGAACUAAAUUCAAUUGUUUCAUCUGACUGACUGACUACAUUAAUUUAAUUGUUAAAAUAUUUUUGUAAUUU